UCCGGGUAGUAGCAGCAUACUGGACCGAUCGCUUCCGAGAUACCAUAACAAAUUUCUUCCAGUGGUUCGUUAUGUUGUGCAUAGUAGCCUAAAUACAACUGCAUCAACUCGGUGCCGUUAGCGCCAACAAAACGGAUGACGACACUCGACAGUAGUACGUGCCGGUAAUGAUGGUCAGGUGUUCAGAAUUUCUCAAUUUUUCCAGUGUACGAAUUUCACACGUAUACCUUUCGUCAAAAAAAAAUGGAUGUAGUUUACAAACGAACUCUCACCAAGACUAGCCUGGAAUGCCGCCCUGCAGAGCGUCACCAGCCCGUUGCUGCGACAACUGUUUUAAAACAAAAAACACAAACAACACGAACAAGGGCGCUUGGUGCUUGGUUUGUAAGCUAUCACAAACCGUGACCAUCGUUCGCCAAACGACUGUUACCCUUAACAUUGGCUGUAAACUGGGGCCAUAGAGACAUGCGUAACUGAAGUCCGGAUCGACAAACCUGAAGCAACCUGAAGAGGUAAGGCUAUAAAACGUUUCGUACCGGAUCGUCGGGAGAACAGUCGGGUGUAGGGCGUUGUAGUCAAAUGCUUUGAAAGCUCCGAAAGCACUGGAUAGCAGGAUAAGCGGAUAGAAAAGGCGCUAUCAUCAUAUUCGACAUCCCGACGCUACUUGCGCAGGAAUUACGCAACGAUACAAGCGUGUUAGUACGAUCGUUUUGAAGAAUGCGAUCCACAGUUCAAAUCGGCUUGGUGCCGAUCGUUCUGGCAUGCCUAUCCGCCGCUGUAGCGGUCCACGGAUCCUGUACGUCGGAAAACUGUACCAGAACGAUCUACACCUGGGAGGGUGGUCGUAUCGUCUGGCCGUGUCCUACAACGAAACGGCUCAUCACCAGCACCGGCAAGUACACGCCACGUGACUUGAUCGCGAUGCGUUGCCAACGUGCCAACACACACACGCUGUGUGUUUUUCCGCGCUUUAAAAGCAGCAAUCCGAUCACGCUGAGCAAAGUGUACGCCACCAAGAAGGGUUGCGACGUUAAGUUCGAACCGUUCCCAUGCUGGAACGAGCAGGAGGAGGGUAACUGCAACGCGUUGCAGUCCGCCAUCGAUCUGUACAGCGACGGAGACUAUGUUUGGGUGCUGGACAACGGUGUGACACAAUCGCUUCGUUCGCCGGUACAACGGUGCCCGCCGAAAGUCGUGGUGUACUGUAGCAAAACGGGCAAGAAGCUGAAAACGAUCAACCUAGCACGGUUUGUGACGGAGAAAUCGCGCCUCCAGUACAUCCAGGUGGAAUGUCUCAAGGGUGGUCGGUGUUAUGUGUACGUAAGCGAUCCGGGUAACAAUGCGAUCAUCGUGUAUGACGUGUAUACUGGCCGUGGCUAUCGUGUGAUUCUUCCGAAGGCAGUCCACAUGGGCUGUCGCUAUCGAGAUAUGCUGUACAUCUUCCUAUCCAAGCACAAGGACGGCACGCGGCUGUACUUUACCUAUCUGGGUGGACAUCGACUGUUUGCGAUCAAGACGGAGCAUCUGCGCAAGGGACAUGGUGGCAAUAUCAUAGACGUUGGCGAAAAACCAAACGUGCCGAUCUUCCUGGGAACGGACGGAGGGCAUGGGGUGUUCUUCCGGGAGGAAGGCGAAUCGCAUAUUUACUACUGGAACACCAACAGCUGCUACAAAAAGUCCAACUUCAAGCUGGUGUACAAGAGUGUGCUGGGACUGUACGCGACGCACGUGUUCCCCGAUCUCAAACUUAACCGUAUGCUGUUGUUGGAAAACGAUUUCCCGAGCUACACAAAGGAUCAUGCCGGUUGUGGAACACUACAUCAGAUUUCCAUCCUCGAUGGAAGCUGCAAGUGUCAUGGAGGAAACUAAACGCGUCCUCUCCUUUAAUAUUACAACGGAUGUAAUUUAUUAACAGUUAGCAGCAUUGGAGAAGAACUUUGUUCCAAUGCUGUUACGCGAACAUGUGAUAUACAGAGAGCUAGUAGAGAAUAAUGAAAAACGGAUACACUGCCCACACGAGACUCCGCAAACUACCAGACAAAUGUUAGUAAUAAAGAGAUUCAACU